AUGAGCACUAGCGACCAUUCACAAAUCAUGAGACACAUCAUGGGACCGCGCAGCUUCACUUUCUAGCAGCCGUCUAUCGGGUCACCGAAUGCGGGCAUCAUGGCGGUGGAAACCAUCGCACCUGACUGGGAGUUCGACCGCUUCGACGACGGCUCGCAGAAAAUACACACGGAGGUCCAGCUGAAGAACUACAGCAGGUUUCUAGAGGAGUAUACCUCUCAGCUGAGGGGUAUCGAGGAGGCUCUGGAUGACUCCAUCGGAGACGUGUGGGACUUCACUCUGGACCCCAUCGCCCUGAGGCUUCUCCCAUAUGAGCAGUCGUCGUUACUGGAGUUAAUUAAAACGGACAACAAGGUUCUAAAUAAAGUCAUCACAGUUUAUGCUGCUCUCUGUAGUGAAGUGAAGAAGCUCAAGUAUGAGGCAGAAACAAAGUUCUACAAUGGAUUGUUGUACUAUGGCGAAGGAGUGUCUGACACCGGUGUGGUGGAAGGAGAGUCCCAGAUUCAGAUGGGUAGAUUCAUCUCAUUACUACAGGAACUGUCCUGCUUCGUGUCAAGAUGUUAUGAAGUGGUGGUCAACAUUGUUCACCAGCUGGCUGCCCUCUACAGCAGCAACAAGGGUGCAUCAAAAAUCAUUGAGUCAUCAGGGGUCCAUUUCCAGAUUGUGUACGAACACCUCGGCGAGUUGUUGGUGGUACUGCUCGCACUCGAUGAGAUUUUGGAAAAUCACGGCACACUGAAAGAUCACUGGAAGAUGUAUAAAAGGUUAUUGAAAUCCGUCCACCAUAACCCUGGGAAAUUUUCCAUUCCUGAAGAGAAGCUGAAACCAUUCGAGAAGCUCCUGCUCAAGUUGGAGGGACAGCUGUUGGACGGCAUGAUACUGCAGGCCUGCGUGGAACAGAGAUUCGAUGAUCCUGGGGAGGGAGUCGCUGUUGCCAAAAACAGCGUCUUCGCUGAAGAGUUUGCCUUCAACAUUCGCACCAUAUUCACCAAUGUUGAGUCAAAGAUUGGUGAACCUUCAGAAAUUGACCAGAGAGAUAAAUACGCCGGCGUCUGUGGUCUCUUUGUUCUUCACUUUCACAUCUUCCGGAGUGUCGACAAAAAACUCUACAAGUCACUGCUCGACGUCUGUAAAAAGGUUCCCGCUGUCACCUUGACUGCGAACAUCAUCUGGUUUCCCGACACUUUCCUCAUCGCCAAGGUCCCGGCUGCAGCCAAGCUGAUGGAUAAGAAGAGUCUGCAGGGCAUCAGAAUGCAGAGAGACACCUACCUGCAGCAAAGAGCUCUGACACUUACAAAGGAUGUUCAGUCCUACUACGUGUUUGUAACCUCUUGGAUGAUGAAGAUGGAGUCCAUCUUGUCCAAAGACCAUAAAAGUGACAGGUUGGCAGACGACCUUAACAGCAGGUGUAAUGUGUUUGUGCAGGGCAUCCUGUAUGCAUACAGCAUUGGCACUAUUAUCAAGACCACCAUGAACAUGUACAUGUCGAUGCAGCGGCCCAUGACAAAGACGUCUGUCAAAGCGCUCUGUCGACUGGUUGAAUUGCUCAAGGCUGUGGAGCACACGUUUCACAGGCGCUCCAUGGUGGUAGCCGACUCUGUGUCUCACAUCACUCAGCAGCUGCAGUCUCAGGCCCUACAUGCCAUUGGCACAGCCAAGAAAAGGGUGAUCUCCGACAAGAAGUACAGCGAGCAGCGACUGGACGUGCUGUCGUCUCUGGUUCUGGCAGAAAAUGCCCUCAGCGGACCCAGCACCAAAGAGCGACGCCUGGUGGUGUCUUUGGCUCUGUGCGUCGGCACUCAGAUGAAAACGUUCAAAGACGAGGAGCUGCUGCCGCUGCAGCUCGUGCUGAAGAAGCUGGAUCUGAUCAGUGAGCUGCGUGAAAGGGUGAAGAUUCAGUGUGACUGUAGUUUCCUCUACUGGCACCGAGCUGUGUUUCCCAUCUACCUCGACGACGUGUACGACAACGCUGUGGACGCAGCGAGAAUACACUACAUGUUCAGCGCGCUGAAGGACAGCGUGCCGUCCAUGUUGCACGCCAAACACAUGGAUUCGUGUGACCAGCUGCUGGAGAGCUACGACGAGGAAAUCAUGGACGUGUUCAACGUGCACCUGCUGGACAAGCUGUGUAAGGAGAUCGAGAAGGAUCUGCGUCUCUCCGUUCACACUCACCUCAAGCUGGACGACAGGAACCCGUUCAAGGUCGGCAUGAAGGACCUGGCCCACUUCUUCUCCCUCAAACCCAUCCGGUUCUUCAACCGCUUCAUUCACAUCAAAGCCUAUGUGACCCACUACCUGGACAAAACUUUCUACAACCUGACCACCGUGGCUCUGCAUGACUGGGCCACCUACAGCGAGAUGAGGAACCUGGCCACGCAGCGUUAUGGACUCAUGAUGACGGAGGCCCACCUGCCAAGUCAGACACUGGAACAGGGUUUGGAUGUUCUGGAGAUAAUGAGGAACAUUCAUGUGUUUGUCUCACGCUACCUUUAUAACCUCAACAACCAAAUCUUCAUAGAGAAGGCAAGUAACAACAAGCACUUGAACACCAUCAACAUCCGUCACAUUGCCAAUUCCAUCCGGACCCACGGCACGGGCAUCAUGAACACCACAGUGAAUUUCACCUACCAGUUCCUGCGCAAGAAGUUUUACAUCUUCAGCCAGUUCAUGUACGACGAACACAUCAAGUCCAGACUCAUCAAGGACAUCCGCUUCUUCAGAGAGACAAAGGACCAGUCGGAUCAGAAGUAUCCGUUUGAGCGAGCGGAGAAGUUCAACCGCGGCAUCCGGAAGCUGGGCAUCACCCCUGACGGACAGAGCUACCUCGACCAGUUCAGACAGCUCAUCAGCCAGAUCGGUAAUGCCAUGGGCUAUGUGCGAAUGAUCCGUUCCGGAGGCCUCCACUGUUGCAGCAGUGCUAUCAGGUUUGUUCCUGACCUGGAGGAUAUCGUGAACUUUGAGGAGCUGGUGAAGGAGGAGGGACUUUCAGAGGAGACUCAGAAAGCUGCGAGUGUCCUUGACUCCGUAUUGGGAGAUCUGACCAGCAACUCCGCCGAGGGGACGGAGUACUUCAAGAUGCUGGUGGCGGUGUUCGCGGCAGAGUUUCGCAGCGCCAAGAAUAUGCACCUGAGGAACUUCUACAUGAUCGUACCCCCACUGACUGUGAAUUUCGUGGAGCACUCCAUCAGCUGCAAAGAGAAACUUAACAAGAAGAACAAAAGCGGAGCUGCUUUCACAGACGAUGGCUUUGCUAUGGGUGUGGCGUACAUCCUGAAGCUGCUGGACCAGUACCUGGAGUUCGACUCCCUGCACUGGUUCCAGGCCGUCAGAGACAAGUACAAGAAAGAGAUGAACGCGGUGGUAAAGGAGCAGAACGUCCAGUCCGCCAGUCAGGAUGAAAAACUGCUGCAGACUAUGAACCUCACCCAGAAGAGACUGGACAUCUACCUUCGGGAGUUUGAGCUGCUCCACUUCUCGUUGAGCAGCGCCAGAAUCUUCUUCCGAGCGGACAAGACUGCAGCCGAGGAGACUCAGGAGAAGAAGGAUAGAGGUUCGGUGGCGGCGGUGUGAUGAUGAAUGAAAACAAGCUGUCAAAGCAGGAGGUUCUUCAGAAGCCUCCGCCCCAACAGAACCAGGCUCAAAGUGAAGCCAGCGGACGGGGAAGACCUCGUGAUGGACGACAACGGAGAGAACUGUAAAAAUGACCAGAGCACGCCGCGCCUGGCCAGACAACGUGUGACGGGCUGCAGACUGCACCGAAAUGUGUGCGUGUGUGGCUCAGGGACAAGAGACUCUAAACUGGAUAAUGUGUGUCUGGAUAAAAUGACAGACAUUAGUUGGACGCUGACAAACUGAUUACUUCAUCAGAGAAUGAAUGUGUUUUGUUUUUUUAAUUACUACAGCAGGAAGUUUCUCCAUUUCACAAGUAUCCGUCAGCCUCUGAUAAAUUCAGUUUGAAUAUGUGGCAUCUCGAGCGAGUGCAGUUUAAGAAGGCGAGGUGGGGAAACAAGCGAUCGGUGUGUAAGUGCAACCUCUCCGUCGCCGCGCAGCUUUUUGAUACUUUUUACACUCGGGCCUGGAUUGUUUUUCUACAGUCGUGUGUCCUCCGCAGAUCCCAGAUGAGUUUAGCCAGCGACUUAAUUAGCAUGAUUUUGAUUUCAGUGCCGUUUUUUCUUGCUGCAAUUUUUGUUGAUAGUCCGACAUACUAGUGUAACACGAUUGUUCAUUGCCUUCGGUGGAAGCUCUGUACGCUUCAGCACACGAAUGAAGACUCGUCAGAAUGUUUUCAGUGUCGAUCUAUCUCAUGAUCGUGUGCCAUAUUUGUCUACUACUACUAUUUGUCUUAAUUUUAUACAUCAUGUAUAAACUAAGGGGUCUAAUGUUUUGAUCACCUUAUUAAUUUAGAUGUAUCUAGGGUUGUACAGUACUUUAGUUUCAUUAAUUCUCAGCACGUUUUUAUUUAGCAAAUUUUGUAUCAGAGAAUGUGGAAUAUGUGAAGAUGAGGCCACAGUUUGGUCAAAAUUACAUUCCAUGGAUUAACUUGCUUGAAGAUAAAAUGUCUGUUGAGUCUUUGAAGACUAAUAAAACUUGCACUCAAAAAAAAGAAUUUUGAA